GGAGCAUGAGAGGAGCUGUCUUACCUGCUGCUCUCACUGCUCAAAUAUUAACAACGGGGUUUCUGGGAACCGAUGCCGCUGCUCUGGGACAAGCCCAAACUGUGGCGGCAGUCGGGCUCAGUGGUUUGUGGACAGGCAGUCUGCCGCUGCUGCUGGAGGCACUGCUGCAUCUAAGAGUCUGAUGGAGGAGGAGGUCACAGAGCCCGAUCCACAGACAGUGGAGCCCACCGGCAUGCCGCCUCCGGGGACGCACUCUGAGGUAAAUGGAGACUUGCCAGGCAACCCGUACCUGAGGGACGGGGCGGUGGACAUGAUGGAGAGUCCGGCGAGGGAGCCUGUUGUGCUGCAGGAUCCUGCUGAGUACAGUCAAAGCCACCAGUAUGGGGAGAAGAUGCCGUUCCACCAUGUGACGGCAGGCCUGCUCUACAAGGGGAACUACCUGAGCCGCUCGCUGUCGGACAGUGACAGCGAUGUGCUGGCCAGCAUCUCUGUGGAGGAGCUUGAUGAGAUCCGGGAGGCGUUUAAGGUGCUGGAUCGUGACGGAAAUGGGUUCAUUUCCAAACAGGAGCUGGGCAUGGCCAUGCGCUCUCUGGGUUACAUGCCCAGUGAGGUGGAGCUGGCCAUCAUCAUGCAGAGAUUGGACAUGGAUGGUGAUGGACAGGUUGAUUUCAACGAGUUCAUGACGAUCCUUGGACCCAAACUCCUGUCAUCUGAGACGAGAGAAGGCUUCCUGGGCAGCACAAUAGAUACCAUCUUCUGGCAGUUCGACAUGCAGAGGAUCACCCUGGAGGAGCUGAAACACAUCCUGUUCUACGCCUUCCGCGACCACCUCACCAUGAAGGACAUUGAGAACAUCAUCAUCAACGAGGAAGAGAGCCUGAAGGAAAACUCUGGGAACUGUCAGACAGAGUUUGAAGGAGUUCACCCUUCAAAGAAGAACCGUCAGACAUGCGUGAGGAAGAGCCUCAUCUGCGCCUUCGCCAUGGCGUUCAUCAUCAGCGUCAUGCUCAUCGCAGCCAAUCAGAUGCUGAGGAACGGCAUGGAGUAGCUGUGAGCGGGGAACGAGCCAGCUUGCAUGUGCAUGCCAGUGGGUGAGGUCAUAUCCCUGUUGAUAGGAAGAGAACUGUAAGGAAUAACACUGAAAAUAAUCAGCGACAAAAUCCGUUUUGGGAAUUAUUCUUAGUUUCUUGGGUUUACUUUUUUUUUUGAACGAGUGGCACCUCACCACCCGACAUCCAAUGAAACCGUGAAGCCAGCAUGAGGGGUCAUGCAGGACUCCUCCCCCUUUACUCUGACAGGGACACUCAAGGGCUGACAUUACACAUAACAUGCUGUCAUGUCUGUUUGCCUGAUGCAAUAAAAAUGUAAAAAAAAAAAAAAAAAUCAGUGCAUGAGUUCAGAGCUGCUCGCUUUACCAGCAGGCGAGCUGUGACGUGUGUGUCUACAGAUCUGUCACCCACCAGGGGUCUGAUGAGCUAGCAGGGCUGCAGUCUGGUCCCCGAGAGGGAAUAAGAGGAAGGGAACAAUUGCCCUCUUAUUAUAGCUCCUGGAAGGAUGAUGGCAGAACGCGUUGCCACUCAAGUAGAAGGAUUUGUACGUGUUAGGUCACAGCUCCUGGAGCUCUCAUGGUGCUACGAUACUUCAGCUCUCCAACUUUCGUUUCCAACUGCUGAGUCCGUGGGCUGGUAUGAGGUGCUGGCAUCAGUUCAUCAGCCCUGCAAACCAAGCAGUGAAGCGAGCAAAACGUUAAAUGGUAACUCCAGGCUUGUGUUUUGGCCUUGCGAUAUUCAUGAAUGAGUGCCCUGUAAGUUUGGUUUUGGAUCUUCUCCUUUUCCUUGGACACUGGUUCAGAGUGAAUAGAAGAGGUUGUCCUAUUGAAGGAUAAAAAAUCCACCCUUUCAAUGCUCUUGCACUGUUAUAGACCAUCUGUCGGUGGUGUUCACUGUGCUCCUGGAGUUUUAAUUCAGCUUUUGUUUGGCUUGUAUAUCCCUUUUUCCAACAUUUCCCCAAAAUAGGUUAGGACAACCCUCAGAGAACCGGUGUGAACUCGUCGUAUUGAGCUGUGUGUCAGUGUGAAGGUGGAAAGAGAGAUGACGAAGAGCAAAAUAGUGAGAUUUGGUUUUCCACCCAACAGAACCUGAAUUGAACUUUAAUUCAAAUGUAGUACGACUUUGCAGAUUUCUGCCUGUAAUUCUGUUAAACGAAGCUUUUGCUCUUCGAGCCCUUGAACGUAUCAUUGGUGUUUUAAAUACUUUGACAUCAUUCUGCUCUCACACUUGGCACCAUUUGGAAACAUGCGAUGCCACUUUGUUUUGGCAGUCUUUCAUGAAAAUUUGCUGAGGAUUAGAAGGCACAUCACCAACAACAGAGUUGUUUAACAGUGUUGAAUUGUUUUAGGGUGAAUUUGUUUGUCCUUCAAAUCGCUGCGACUCAAGUUGAUGAUGUGUAAUUUAGUGCUGUGAAAAGUCAAACCCCCUUUAAGUUUCCUGCACAAGUCAUUGUGCUCAAAACGUUCUAAAUUUAAAUAAUUUAAAGUUUCUGUUUGUGAUCUGUGCAUUAUUAUUUUUUAUUAGGUUUACGUUAUGUUUUUUAAUGUAUGCAUUUGAUUAGUUUGUGCUACACUAUGGCACCAUUUUACCAAUGUUUCAUUUAUAUUUAAUCAUGGAAAUUAAAAUCAUAAAAAUCACCACAGAUGUAGGCCACAGAUAUCAAGAAAUCAAAUCAUUCCAUUUGAAAUCAUAUUAAAGCAUGACACAUCUGUAUAACCGUGGGGGGACGGGGGGUUAACUUUCUCACAGCACUGACCCAUUUAAAGACACGUCCUGGUGUGCAGGUUCCCGCUGAGGUCGGCUCUGAACUCGUGCACUGGCCCUCAUGGCAACAUGUGAACCCAGCCGGGGCUCACAAACACCCACAUUAUCAAGUGCAUGCGAUCGAGUCAGCGUCUCCUGUAAAUACAGUAACCCACGUCUGAAGUGUGUCCAGUGUCCGUUUGCGGGUGUACAGUGUCUUUGUAUGUGCAUGAGUGUCGGCGCUCUCUGCUCACUCGGGUACAGAGGUGCAGGGAGGGAGCUCAGCAGACAGAGAGGCGGUUGCUUCAUCACAAACACGUCAGACGUAGGCGGCGAAGGCCCCUUCUGCUUCCUCUUGACCCUCUCGCCAAAGCCAUAGAACUCUGCAGAGGUGAACCGGACAACAUCAUGUAGACGCUUUCCCCUGUUCCCACGUGGAAAAACGGGAUCAAACCCGCCUUCUUUGGCAGAAAUACGCCUGUCGUAUUGGAUUUGGUUUGUUCCUGUUAUUGUUUUUGCACUGUGCCCGUCAUCCGUUCCAGUAAAAGGACGAGGAGGGCUGUGGUUAUGUGCAAGAAUGCCAUCUAGGGGCGAAGUGAGAUCACAUAGUCCAUGCUGUUCUCCCAUCACAGUGUUGGUGCAUCUCGCUCCCUGAGCAUCAUGGGGGGACUCUCACAGCAUCCUGUUCACUACGUCUGGCAAUAUAGUUGAUCUUAAAUGUUAAAAUAUGAGGAUUUUUAUGUAUAAUGUAUAGGUUGACUUUAAUCUACCGACACUGCAAGUAGAGCAGCACUUGUAUGUGAAGACAUAUUUAAAACGGUGUGUUUGUAGGAAUAGAUUUCUUGCCUAUGGCAGAAAAAGUCCUCUUGAACCUGUAAAAGGUUUCAUUCAUAGAUGAUUUAUCAAUAUUACAUUUUGGAGACUGAAUAAAGAGUGCUUUGUGCAAAAAAAAAGAAGUAUACAAAAUCUUGUAGGUCACACUGGUUUAGAUUUUUUAAAAAUCUUAAAGGAGUCACUGAUAAAAAAAAAAAUAAAAAUUCUUUUUUUUAUCUGUCAAUCUUGCAGUACUGGUGGAGAUCACCAAAUUCACAGCGAGUCACUGCUGCCAUGUAGUGGCUAACUGGGAAAGUGUUUUAUCCUUAAUUUGUUCUUCGAGAAGAACUUUGUCUUUUACAUUUUAUUUUCCUGCAGUUUUGUUUCUUCUGGGGUUUGAGUUACAGUUACUGUGGUUGCAGUUCUGCUGUAAUCAAACUCUCCUGGUCCCUGCAGAACGGUUGCAUGUCUCGAUCACCGGAGCACCGGAGAGUUUUAUUUUGGAGGGGAACCACAGUGUCUCUUCAGUAGCAUGGUGGUUGGAUCUCACGUGUUUUUGUUACGUAACUUUGUACAUAGCUAACAAGACAGCAUAUCUAUUAGACAAGCACACACUAUACAGACUUUGCAUGUGCAAUAUUUAAAGAUGUAGACUAUAGAAAGACUUUCAGUUGUACUAUUUAUUAGAGGCGUAAUAAUUGUGAAAAUGUAAAUACAGAAGUCUGUACAAAAGUCAAAGGAUUAAGCAUUGAGGCAAUAAAACUGUGUUUUUUAAAAUGCUGGACUUGUGUGUGCUUGUUAUCAAGGCAGGUGAUCAGUUCUUUAUCAGAAUAUCCGCUCGUGGGGAUCAAAAGUUUGUACAAAUGUGCCUAAUAAAUUGGCCACUGAGUGUUGACUUUCUAUUCGUGACCACACUGAGGCCACAAGAGGGUAGCAUCAGGCACUGGGCUGGUGAGGCUGCACCAAAUCUCCUAAAUCAGCCACAUGUCAGGACCAUUUUGAACCCAGUGAGGCAAUUAGAUGUUUGAGUUUGUCCACGACGUGCAUAUUGUAAUAUCAAUAUCCACGUUAGUCCAGUGCUUGUGACAUGUAUGUGUAAAGCCUAACUUGUGCUGUGACUGUUCUCGAU